AUGGAGGAUAAGAGUAAAUUAAGUAAUUAUCCCAAACCUACCAUCGUUUAUCCUCGCGAAGUUUACAUGUUCCGCAUUAGCCGGAAAGAAACGGAAGGAACCGAAGCUAUGAAAACCCGUCCGGGAAUUGUGAUUUCGGUGGAAGGAUUAAACAAAUGGAAUAAACGCUGUAUCAUGGUGUCGGCUACGACUAAAAAAACCGAUUUAGCCAAAAUUUAUCCUUUUGAAGUAAAAGUAAUGGUUGAAGGAAAAAAAGGAAAAGAGUUAAGUGUUCCCAAUGCCAGAGAAGAAUAA